CUGGGCCUGUCACGUGAUCAGACAGUAGCAGAGGGUAGGUUCCGUGUGUAGCAGCUGCCGGGGUUCCUUUGAGCAGAAGACGCCGCAGUUGGAGGAACAGCAUGUGCACCAGCGUCCAGCCCCUCGAAUGGACCACCGACCUCCGGAACCAGAAUUUUGAUGGCAUCGUUUUGGUGUCCCAGAACCACGACUCGCUGUCCCCUGAGCUGGAGUGUCUUAAAGCUCCUCUGCAGGACUACAGCUCUGUGGACAGUGGUCUGGCAGAUGAGGUGGUGGUCCUGAGGGUCCCCGGUCUCCCGGGGAACCGCCUGGUGUUCGCCUCCACUGGCCCGGUCAACCGUGACUAUGAUGACGCCCGCCGCUUCAGCGACGCAGCCAUCAACGGCAUCAAGAGGGCCUUGAAAGCUGGCAUGCAGCGCCCUCUACUGGUGUGCCCUCCACAUAAAGACUACCCUAACAGCCCCCUGGUGGCUGCACUGGGAGCCCUUCAUGCUCUGUACAUGCCUCUGGAGGUUAGGGAAGCCAAAGUGAAACCAAGUGAGCAUAAGGUGUGUGCUCUGGGCCUGUGGGUGGCCCGGGACGCCCAGGGGCCCAGGCUGAUGGAACUGGCUGCUGCUCUGGAGAGUGGGAGACUGGCCUGUCGGGACAUCGGAGGCUCAGAUCCAGAACGUAUGGCCGCUCCUCGUGUGGCUGAUUAUGUUCAGGAGCUGUUCAAGGACAGCCCUGUGACGGUGGAGGUGCUGAGUGACCCGAAGGUGUUGGAGAGGGAGUAUCCAUGCCUGGCUGCAGUGAACCGCUGUGCCAACAGUGUUCCUCGACACCAGGCCAGAGUUAUCAAGAUGACGUACUGCGGAGAGGGACCGAUCCAAACCACCCUGAUGCUGGUGGGAAAGGGCAUCACCUACGAUACUGGCGGAGCAGACAUCAAGGCUGGAGGUGUGAUGGCUGGGAUGCACAGGGACAAGUGUGGAGCUGCUGCUGUGGCUGGGUUCUUCCAGAUUGUGUCCAAGCUGAAGCCACGCCAUCUGAAGGUGGUGGGUGCGAUGGCCAUGGUGAGGAACAGUGUGGGAGCAGACUGCUACGUGGCUGAUGAGCUGGUGGUCUCCCGCGCGGGUCGCCGAGUCCGAGUGGGAAACACUGACGCAGAGGGACGCAUGGUGAUGGUCGAUCUGCUGUGUGAGAUGAAAGACAGGGCUGUAAAUGAGGUUUCUCCUCAGCUCUUCACUAUCGCUACUCUAACCGGACACGCCAUCAGAGCCAUGGGACCCAACUACUCUAUUAUCAUGGAUAAUGGACCUGCUCAUCGCAGUGGAAAUGCUGCUCAGUGGCAGAAAGCUGGAGAGGCACUGGGUGAUGUGUUUGAGGUGUCCACCAUCAGACGGGAGGACUACGAGUUCCACAAGGGGAAGUCUGAGUACGAGGAAAUUCUACAGUCCAACAACCUGCCGUCCUCCGCCACUCCUCGUGGACAUCAGACCCCCUCGGCUUUCCUCAUCAUGGCCUCAGGACUCGACAAGCAUGGAGUAGAUUCUGACAAACCUCUGCCGUACUCUCACAUUGACAUCGCUGGCUCCAGUGGUCCUUUCCCCGGUGUGCCAACAGGGGCCCCCAUCAUUGCCAUGGCAACCAAAUAUAUCCUGUCAAAUGAGCUGUAGUCGGAUACAAAUACCAUUAAAAAGACCAGGUCUCUGCACAAAUCUGUCAAACCACCAAUGACAUCUCUAACCACAUGCACAAUAUCUAACAUUCCUUAAUACCUCAGAUCCUACAAGGAGGUUUUCAGCUGUCUUCUAUUAAACCCUGCAGCACAACAUCCUAUAUUCUGCAACUGUCAAAUGACACUUUUCUCAAGUGGCCUCAAUUAUGAUGUACUCAGGGGAUAAAUGGCAGUAUUAAAACACCAUCCUUUUUUAACAUGUCUGUAUGUGUUUGCUGAUUUGAGAUUGUGUGCCAGUCAGAUCGAGCAUGUCACAGUGAUCAAUAAAAUAAAUUGAUACAAAUGCA